UACAAUUAAAGCCCAAAACGAAUGGCCAAAACUAUGUAAGACUGGUGUCCGUCAGUCGCCGGUAGACAUCAACACCAAAACCGUUUUAGUGAACACAUCGCUAAACAUAGACCUAAAACACUAUGAAAUUGAUUUCCAUAACUUCAAGAUCACUAAUAACGGACACACAGCUGAAUUAUCCAUUGAUUUGACCGGCGAUGAUGUAAAACAGCCAUUAAUUACGGGUCGGGCGCUGGACAACAAUGAAUACGUGAUGGCACAGUUGCAUUUUCAUUGGAGUGACCAUAAAGGCAGGGGCUCUGAACACGCAUUCAGCGGGGUACAUUACUCCAUGGAGAUGCAUAUCGUGCACUAUAACAAAAAGUAUGACAAUAUAAGCGAGGCCGGUACUCACCCUGAUGGUCUGGCAGUCCUUGGCGUCAUGUUUGAGAUCACUCGGAAAGCGAACCCCCAUUUGGACGCCAUUAUAGAGGGGGUGAAGGCUGUGAAGGUGGAGGGCGGCGAUGACUACCACUCAACGCCCCCACAGUAUCGCCAAAACGCGGGCCAACCUCUGGUCAAUCUGGAAAACCUGUUGCCAAACGACUUGAAGCUAUUUUUCCGAUACAAGGGAUCCCUGACUACCCCUCCGUGCGCUGAAUCGGUCACAUGGCUUGUGUUUCAUGACACCACUGACAUUGGACUCAAACAAAUCAAAGCGUUUCGGGAGUUAACGGACUCUCACAAAGUGGUGUUGAGCGACACAUUCAGACAACUCCAGGCACUCAACGAUAGACGGGUGGAGGCGUCUCAGCCGGUGAGGGACGGCACCACCGGAGCGGCCACUUAUGGCACCAAUGUAAUCAUCACAAAUCACCUGAAGUUAGUACCCGACCACUGGUGCCGAGUGAACGAGUUGUCAAACUUUUCGUAUGGAGAACAGCACCGAUUUGUACGACCAGUGGUCCGGCCGUCAAACACCAGCGCCGAUGUGGUCAGGGAUUCGUGUCAUAUGUUUGAUAUCGAUUACAAACAAGUGUUAAAUGAUUUGCGAUUACCGCCAGUGAAUGAGUCCAUCAAAUGUCACAAAAAACUGGCCGUUAAGACGUGCGCCGACGGAUGGGUUUACGACACCGGCUAUUAUUGGGACAGUUUUGCGAUGCAUUAUGAUUUUGUCUGCGAAAAUAGCCAUCGAUUCGCUAUAAUCCCAACCAUCAGAACCAUUGCCAGUGUUUGUGGAACUCCUCUCUUUGGAUUGAUUGCCGAUCUAUUCACUCCGGAAUCCCUUCAAUGGCUUCUAUCGAAAGCCAAAUACAAUUUGGUUGUGAAGUCUUUCAAACAUAUUAUGCAAACAAACAGCAAAUCAAUUGAUGAGGACUUACUCUCAAUGCAAGUUCAGAAAAUCGGAAAAACAACAAAACCGGAAGAAUUGGCCGAAGAAUCAGAAACGACAACAAAAGUCAAACACAUUCACAAAGCGAUCGUCAAAUUCCUGAGAGAGACAACACUUUUCCAGUGUUUGUUAAUAUUGACGCUCUGUUUGGCCGUCAAUCUGAGCGCUAAACACAUCUUUGAGACCAAAACCAUUGUCUUAUACGAGAAGGAGAUGAUUAUCAAUGACAUAAUGUGGUCAUUGGCCAGAAUACCGGCCAUUUUUAUGGUCUGGUUUCUGAUGCAGCGACGAAUCGGCCGCCGAUUGACAAACGCCCUGUUGUUGGCCGCCAUCGGACUCAUACUCGUCGGCCUAUUGGUGACCAAAAGUGAACAAAUGAAGUACUGGUUGUCCACAUGUGGUCUACUGUUGACCACACCAUCCCUAAUGGUUAUCAGUUUACAAGUUAUCGAAAUGAGUCCGACAACAUUCAGGUGCUCAGCCCUUACGGCCAUCCUAUCCAUAGCCACACUCGCCGUUACUAUCGUUCAACACUUGUUCACAAUUGACAAUUACGACAAUCAUUGGCUGUAUUUAGUGGUCGUCUCGAGUAUGGCUUUUGUGACCAGUUUUUUGUCCACAUUUCUGAUGGAAACGCUUCGGGAAAAUACGCCCCAAACGGUAGUGUCGGCCGAAAAGUUGUUGAAUGACAUGAAGUACUGGAAAUUAGGCAAAAGAAAGUGUGAUCUCAAGAGUAAUAUAUUCAAGUCGUUGAGCACUUGGGAUCUGAACGACGCCGAAGACAACGACAAUACAUGA